AUGGCUAUUAAUGUUUAUCUCACGUUUUACUUCAAAUUUGAUGCCGAACGCCUUCGACGCAUGGAAAUGGCCUAUUUAAUUGGCUGCUACGGCAUCCCAUUCGUGCCCGCCUUUGUCUUUCUUUUCAUCAAAGACCACGAUGGAGCACGUGUUUACGGAAAUGCUUCACUGUGGUGUUGGAUCUCCUACGACUGGGAUCUCCUUAGAAUUGCAGCCUUUUAUGGCCCUGUCUGGAUUGUGAUUCUGAUGACAUUUUUCAUCUAUAUACGAGCCGGGCGUACCAUUUAUGAAAAGCACAAGCAGCUUCGAGGCUUUAACUCGUCCGACCCUGACCCUCUUUCAGUCAACGGCGACGCCCCCAUCUCCACCGUCAAGACCACGGAGAUUACCGUCACAAGCGAGGUAGCGGGAGAGAGGGGAAUGCAGCUCGCCAGCAUGAAUCGUCAAAACUCCAACUCUGUGCCGAGCACGAAGAGUCCCAACGGAGCGUACACAGUUCACAUCUCAGCGGACUUGAAUAACACUGCCCAGGCCUAUGACGAAGAUGCCCUGCCCAUUCAAGGAACGACACUGCAACAUACAUCUACGGUGCAACUUGCUCCUCGACGACCAGCCAACAUUAGUCGUCGACGCAACCAUGAGCUGAACAACGCCGCCUGGUCAUAUACCAAGUGCUCUAUUCUCUUCUUCACAGCAAUUCUCAUCACGUGGAUCCCGUCGAGCGCGAACCGAGUGUAUUCUUUUGUGAAUGACAAGGAUGUCUCUGUUACUCUGGAGUUCAUGAGCGCCUUUGUCCUUCCCCUCCAAGGGUUCUGGAACGCCGUCAUCUACGCCGUGACGUCCUGGUCGGCGUGUCAAGAGCUCCUAGAGGAUCUGCGGUGGAAGAAAAGAUCACAUGUGUCCGAGUUAAUUGACGAGAGAAACGGUCGCGACAAAAAGGAUGCCGCAACACCCCCCCGUAGCCGGAACGUGCUCAGGUCCCCUCCCGGCAGCUCCAGGACUUUUGCGUCUGACAGCACGACAGAGCUGGCCAAGGCUCGGGCUCAUUCAGCUGAUGGCAGCCGUCACUGCUGA